AUGCACCCCAUUCUCCGUGUGGCCACAAGGCCAGUCCGAGUCCCUCACCGAUUCCCAGCCCUGGCCUAUCCUUCACAACCAUUGAGGUCAGCACAUCAAUCAUAUGGGAAUGAGCAGUCUGGGAUGCAACAGGGCACCGAACAGAAAAACCCCAAAGCCAAUAUGGAGCAUCCAGGCCCAGAUGCUCCGGCAACUAGCAAAGGCGGCAGCUCUUCCACAAGCGGGGGUGGUAGCCCUAAAAUCCAAAGCCCCAAAUCUGCCGCCGAGAAGGACGACCCAGAUGUGCGGAAGCACAAUGAAGAGCUGGAACAACGACACGAGAGGACAGUGAAUCAACUAAGUGAAGAUGACAACAAGGUAGACAAGCAGUUUUGGAAAGGCGACGUGGGACGGCCCUCGGAAGAUAAAAAAUAG